UAUUGUACAUAAAAAGAAUUACCAUUAGAAACAUUUAUAUGAACAACUGUAUGUCAUAUCACUGCUGAUGACAGAAACUUAAUAGUACAGAUAUGGUAUUUGCAUAAAGCUGUAUAUCAAUAAUCAAACAGUGCGUAAUGUUUAACAGAUAUGAUAAUUGAUGUUUAUCUACACGUCAUUUGGACCUUCAAUGUCAGUGCGUGGGUUACAAUUGCGCGUGAUACGUAUCUCCAAUAAAAGCAAGAGAACUGUGAUCAUGACGAGCAUUUUGUUUAAAAAUUUGUGCGGUCAACAUUUGAAAAAUUCGUUCCCAAAAGUAACAGCGAUUAUCAAAAUGAAUCUCAAUGGUUCUUGUGCGUUGACGGAACCGAUUCCUUUUUCGAAAGAUUUUCUUUUUCGCCAGCUGUUCGACCCAAUAUCCAGUACAUAUACUUACCUUCUGGCUGACAUAAACUGUAAGACAGCGGUUCUGAUAGAUCCAGUUGUUGAAUGGGCAGAACGGGAUAAAAAAAUAAUCGAGGAACUGGGAUUAAAUUUAAAGUAUGCCAUAAAUACGCAUAUGCACGCUGAUCAUAUCACUGGAACGGGAAAGUUGAAGUCUUUGUUACCUGGAUGCCAGUCAAUGAUAUCACGUACCAGCGGAGCUAAGGCUGAUAUACUCUUGAAUCCCGACGAUCAAAUUUGCUGUGGAAGGCAUAAUUUGCUGGUGGUUCCUACGCCCGGCCAUACCGAAGGUUGCGUUACUUACGUUUGUCACGAGCAAGGAAUUGCUUUCACGGGCGACGCUCUUUUAAUACGCGGUUGCGGCAGAACGGAUUUUCAGGGAGGUUCAGCGGAAGUUUUGUACAAGUCCGUUCAUUCGAAAAUUUUCACGCUUCCGGCGAAUUACAGGCUAUAUCCGGCCCACGAUUAUUCUGGCAGAACAGUGACUACGGUGGCCGAGGAAAAGGCUUUUAAUCCCAGAUUAACCAAGUCCCUAAAUGAAUUUGUCGACAUAAUGAACAACCUUAAUCUGCCGUAUCCAAAAAUGAUCGAUAAAGCUGUACCGGCUAAUAAAGUUUGCGGGUUAUACGAGCUCGACCAGGAACAGAAACCAUGAAAAGAUGAGAGUCUUCCUCCUGAUAUUUUUAUGCUUAUCGAUCGGCGGCUGUUAAUUUUAAUUUUGCCGACUUAUAAUGCAAUAAUAGCAUGCAACAAAAAAGAUUUUAAUUAUGUACCGAAUAAAAUUAACUAGCGGAUUCAUGGCUAUUUAUUA